CUCACGACUCUUCCCUACUGCUGUCAAGUGUCAUGGCGUUCCGUUUCGUCGUCAUCCGAGAACAUUUCACUUUGUCAUAAUUUUUGAAGUUUUCUGGCGUCAUUUGUGUUAUAUUUUGAUUUUUUGUUAGCAUUUCAAGUGAAACAUUUUCCAUUCUAUAGAUAUAAAUCUUGUCCUAAGAUGAGUUCAGCCGCAUCCACAGCACUUUUUGCUUGUUCUCGUUGUUUCUCAAGACAUCCUUUCGAAGAACUGUCUCCUGGAGAACAGCUUUGCAAGGAGUGUCGUGGCUCUUUUCCCGUCGUCAAGUGCACAUACUGUCGUUCGGAGUUCCAACAGACAAGCAAAUCAAAUACUUCCUCAAUCUGUAAAAAAUGUGAGGCCAAUGUCAAGGCCUAUGGGAAGCCUACAGCGUGUGAAUACUGCAACAUUAUUGCUGCAUUUAUUGGCAACAAAUGUCAGCGAUGCGCCAACUCGGAGCGCAAGUAUGGCGCCGCCGUGACGUGCGAGCAGUGCAAGCAGCGCUGCGCUUUCGACAGGCACGAUGAUAACAAGAAGGUUGUGGACGGCAAGCUGCUGUGUUGGCUGUGCACGCAGUCCCUGAAGCGGGCGCUGGCACGGACCAAGCAGCACAAUAUGUCCACGGCCGAUAAAAACAAGCACCGCUCACACAAGUCGAAGAGCAGUCACAAAGACAAACGCAAAUUGGACAAGAAGUCUAUGGGCUCCGGGGACAUGAAUGACUCACAACCGAUGGAGAAGAAGUCCAAACUUAACCCUAUACAAGGCAUGUAUAUUUUUAACCCUCGAGGAGAAUUGGAUCCAAACAGUUCAGACCACGUGGUAGCGAUGACGCAGCUAAAGGAAACCAUCGCCAGUCUGCAGAAGAGAGUUCAACAAAAGGACAUGGAGUUGCUUUCCAAAGACAAGUUGAUCACCGAAUUAAAAGCGCAGCACCACAACGUCACGACAGACCUCCGGACAGAAAUGAAGAACAAGGAGCGUUUAAACGAAACCAAAUUCACGCUCAUGAACUCAAAAAUACAGAACCUCCUCAAAGAAGUGGCCACGCUCAGCAAAUCCAACAAGAAGAACAACAAGAACAUGAAAUCCGCGCUCGCGAACACCGAGAACGGCAGCAGCGGCACCGACAGCCCGAGCACCAAUUAGAUCAAUUUAUAGCCACAUAAACAAAAUUAAUAAUCUACCUAUCUAUAAUCUGUCGAUACAAAUACAAAGUUUUUUAUCCAAAUAAAUUUUUUUAAGAGCUUUUGAAUCAUUGACUUACUUUUUUAAUUGAUUAUGGCAAAGCUGAAAGAAAAAGUUAUGAUUUUAGUAGUCUAUAUAAUAUCUAUGUAUGUAUGUUUGUAUUUAUGUGUGCACCUAAACUACUGAACUGGUUUUGAUUAAUUAGGUGUCAAUUUAUUCGUUAUUAUAGUCCGGGUGACAUAUGCUACAAUCUAUAUGAAUAAAAUCAAUAUGGCGGAUGUAACAUCCAAAAAAGUGGGGGUCUCUGAAUUUAUUUUUUGCUACGUAUUGAGUGGGAUGUCAAAUGAAAGGAGAGAAGAUUAUAAAUAUAGUGCAAUAUUAAAACAUACCAAGCGAUAGAAAAACAAUUUUGUAGCUAGUCUGGUUUUAGUGUUGAACUUUUUUUAAUUCAGUUACAAGUUAGCCCUUGACUGCAAUCUCACCUGGUGGUAGGUAAGUCUGCAGUCUAAGAUGAAAGCGGGCCAACCUGGAAGGGGUAUGCGGCUUUUAUUAAACUCACACUCCUUUGGUUUCCACGCGGCAUCAUGCCGGAACGCUAAAUCGCUUGGCGACGCAUCUUUCCCGGUAGGGUGGUAACUAGCCAAGGCCGUAGCCUCCCACCAGAUAGCCUAUCUUGUUUGGGUUCACAGUCGUCUGGGGCGCUUGCUAUAUCAAACACCUCUCUAAUAUUAUUUGUUAUUAUUUGUUAAAAAAAAAAAACACUUUAAUUUUUGACAAAUUGACUUAUCGACUUAUAGAUAGAUUGGUUAUUAUUAAUUUCGGCCUUUAGAGACGACGGAUAAUUUUCUUAUUUAUUGAAUACAUUGAUAAUUUGAUCAAAGAUAAACAUUUUCUAUGAACGGUGCUAAAAACCUUCACCGCGAACUAACAUUGGAAGAAACCAUAGUAUUAUUACAAGUGAAAAAGUAUCUCCUUUAUUAUUUAACGCGCGACAAGAUACGU